AUAUUAUUGCGAUAUGUGAGUCGGCCUUUUUCCGCCAAGUAGCCACGAGAAGUGCACGUUUUAGCCCGCACAGCAAAAUGGCUGCAAGACCAUUGAUCAGCGUUUAUGACAACAAGGGAGAGAGCACCGGUGUCAAUGUUACUCUUCCAGCUGUGUUCAGGGCCCCAAUCAGGCCAGACAUUGUCACAUUUGUGCACUCCGAGAUGAGAAAGAACUCUAGGCAGCCAUACGCUGUUAACAAAUAUGCUGGUCACCAAACAUCUGCUGAGUCCUGGGGAACUGGCCGUGCCGUGGCUCGUAUUCCCCGUGUACGUGGAGGUGGUACCCACAGAUCUGGCCAGGGAGCCUUUGGUAACAUGUGUCGUGGAGGACGUAUGUUUGCCCCUACAAAGACCUGGCGAAGGUGGCACCGUAGAAUCAACAUCAACCAGAGGCGUUAUGCCCUGUGUUCAGCCAUUGCUGCUACAGGAAUCCCAGCCUUGGUGAUGUCCAAAGGCCACAGGAUUGAGGAGACACAGGAAGUACCAUUGGUCAUCAGCGACAAAGUCCAGGAGUUUAAAAAGACAAAGGAGGCUGUCAGUCUGCUGAAAACACUCAAAGCAUGGAAUGACAUCCAGAAGGUUUACAACUCUAAACGCUUCAGAGCAGGAAAGGGUAAGAUGAGGAACAGGCGUCGUAUUAUGAGGAGAGGACCCCUCGUUAUUUACAAAGAAAAUAAUGGCAUUGCCAGAGCCUUCAGAAAUAUUCCAGGAAUAACCCUCUUAAAUGUUUCACGUCUGAAUCUUCUUAAAAUUGCCCCUGGUGGCCAUGUUGGACGUUUCUGUAUUUGGACAGAAAGUGCAUUCAGACAAUUGGAUGAUUUAUACAAAUUUAAAUUACCGAACCAGAAAAUGGUUAAUACUGACCUUGGAAAACUUUUAACAUCAGAUGCUAUCCAGUGUGCUAUUAGAGCUCCAAAACGUCAAAUGAAAAGGAUCACCAGAAAUAGAAUGAAGCCAAAAAAGUUUUUACCUGAUAAUAUUCCCAAGAGUAAGAAGGCUAAAGCAGCUGCCAAAGCCAAACCCAAAGCUGCUCCUGCCAAGGGCAAGCCAGCAGCCAAGGGCAAGGGAAAGAAGUAGUUUUUUUUUCUUUUCACAAAAAAUUUGAACAGUUGAAAUAAGCAAUGUGAGUUUAACGACAGACUGACAACUUUGUUAUCUUUCAAAUAAAAACUCCAGAAGUAA